GGACUUCAGUGAGGCGCAUGCGCGGUGAACUGUCAAGUUAACCCGCGGAAUUAUCCAAGCAGUCGAGCAGUCCUGUGUUCAAUUCCUGACCCGCCGCAAUUAUAGUAUUUUAAACACUUUACGUAACUAUACUUUUUACAGAGUGUAACAUCAUGUGGAACCAGGGUGGAUACAGUGAAUCUAGCAGCAUCGGAGGUGGGUACAACCAGUCCCCCGGCGGCUUCGCCUCACCAUCUCUGAGCCAGGGAGGAGAGAAGAAGGCGAGAGCACGCACCAACCAGAUUGUGCCAUGCACGGUGUCGCAGCUGAUGUCUGCCAGCCAGGCGGAAGAGUCCUUCAGGGUCGGAGAGGUGGAGGUGGCUCAGAUUACUAUGAUAGGUCUGAUCAGAAGCACAGACAAGGGCAUGACCAACAUUCAGUACAAGGUGGACGACAUGACGGCCGCCCCCAUGGACGUCAAGCAGUGGGUGGACACCGAGGAUCCCAGUAUGGACAGCACCGUCCUGCCCCCUGGUACCUACGUCAAAGUGUCAGGAAACCUCCGCUCUUUCCAGAAUCACAGGUCUGUGGUGGCGUUCAGCAUCAGGCAGGUUGAGGACCUGAAUGAGAUCACGUCCCACAUGCUUGAGGUGGUUCAGGCCCACAUGGCGCUGAGCAAGGCCUCCAGCACGAUGGGUGGGGGUCAAGUUGGAGUCGGCACGAACAACAGCAUGAUCAACUCGCGGCCUGGGACCAUGGAAGAGAGUGGCGGAGGAUACUCUGGUGGCAACGACAAUGCUACAAACGGCCUUAGUCCAAACCAGAACCAGGUGCUGCGUCUGAUCCGGAGCAGUCAGGAUGGUCACGGCAUCAGCCUGCAGGACCUCAAACAGAGACUUAGUGCUAUGAGCCUCGUUGUCAUCAAGCAAGCGGUGGAGUUCCUGAGCAAUGAAGGCCACAUAUUCUCCACCAUCGAUGAGGACCACUUCAAGGCGACAGAUGGCGACGAAUAAACCUGCAGUACUUGUAAUAUAUAUGUGUAUAGACGUACUAGAGGGAACUACCACGUGAACGGGUUUACAGGAUAUGACCCCUUCAUAGAAUGACUUGCUUUCUCUAUGCGUAAAAGUAUUGUAUUCUACACGUAUGAAGUUUUUGACGGUGUCUGUUCCGUGUUCUUUAGCUUUGUGGUGUAUGGGCUCCCUCAUUAUUGAGAGGCGCCUGACACAUCCUGUUGAAACUGUGUUUUUUUCAGUUAAAAACACCUAGGUUCAACAAAGCCCUGGUUAGUGACUUCCUGUUAUUAUUAAUCUGUUGUCUGCGGCUUGGUGCUCUUAACCAAGCAUUUUGUAUCUUUUUAUGAUGUUGAAAAAUAAUUUCUUAUAUUUGUCUAUCACAAAUGUGUCCCCCCCCCCCCCCCCCCCCAUCCAAAUUAAAAUAAA